UGAACACGGACUGCUUCAGUAUCUGAGGAGUCACAAAUGGUGCUGAACAUUGUGCAAUCAUCGGCGAACAUCCCCACUUCUGACCCUAUGAUGGAGGGAAGGUCAUUGAUGAAGCAGCUGAAGAUGGUUGGGCUGAGGACACUACCCUGAGGAAAUCCUGCAGAGAUGUCCUGCAGCUGAGAUGACUGACCUCCAACAACCACGACCAUCUUCCUAUGUGUCAGCCACGAGUCAGAGUUUGCGGGGGCAGGAUUGAAGCAGCAGGAGAACCAGUCAGCAGAGUCCUCCCUGAGUGACACAGCGGGCUGGGCUGGGCUGCCUAUAAACUCAGCAACAGCAACAACUGCUGCACAUCUGGGCAAGAAACUGGAAAGCAAGCUAUUCCGAGCUGGGCUCCGUGCAGACAUAACUCCAGCCUCCAGCAGCAUCUUUGACCAUGACGACUCCAACUAAAACCGAGGUGGCCAUGCAGAACCUAAUGGAUGUUUUCCAUCAAUACGCCAAAAAGGAUAAACACACCCUGAACAAAUGCCAGAUGAAACAGUUCAUGGAAGCAGAGCUCGGUCAGCUGUGUAAGAAUAAGAAGAAUGUUGAAUCUUUUGACAAGAUGAUGAAAGAUCUGGAUUUUGAUGGUGACGGGGAAGUGAAUUUUGAAGAGUUUGUGUCAUUUAUUGCUGGCGUAAUGUUUUCCUGUAAUGAAAUUUAUGUCAAAAGGAAGGAGCAACAAGCAAAAGAAGAAGCCUGUCAGCUCAAGAAAUGAACAGUGACUGGCUACUAAAUCAUACGACAAUAUGUAAGAAUGAUCAGCUUACAAAUCAGACAGCAUCCUUGCUCACUUCCCAUCAUUUUUUUUAAAUACAAAAUCAUGAAAUAAAAAUGGUUCAACCAUCCA